AUGUUGUUUUUCUGUGGAGUGGUCCUGUUCCUGUCGAUUUUAGUGGCUCCUGUUCAUGGUGUGGACCCACAUUGUGAGGACUGGAUACCCUUAGGGACAAAUGUGUGCUGUAAGAAGUGCCAACCAGGACACCGCUUGUGGAAGACGUGUGGGAAUGCCACAGAGACUCUUUGCCAGCCAUGUCAGAAAGACGAAUACUUGCCGGCUGGAGAUCAACGUUCCUGUUUGAGGUGCACUCAGUGCAUAGGUCCUCAGAUAGAGAAGAUGGCAUGCAAUGCUAGCAGGGAUACCGUGUGUGACUGUAAAACCGGAUUGCGCUGUGGAGACUCUCAGUGCUCCUACUGUGUUCAGGAGUGUGGCAAAGGAGAACAACCCACCGACAGCAGGACUUGUGAGCCUUGCCCGAAUGGGACCUUUAAUGACCAGAUUCAUAAGACCUGUCGGCCCUGGACAGACGGAUGUCCAGAAGGCAAGAGGAUAGUGACCCCGGGCACCGCCAUCAGCGAUGCAAUCUGUGGCUCUGACAUCAGUUCAGAGCUUGCAGUGUUAAUCACCAUCUUCUGUAUGAGCGUGCUCAUCUGCUCAGUCGUACCACUGUGCGUCAUGAUUCGUUAUAAAAGAAAAAAACUCAUCAAAAACACCCCUGGAUCUGAAGCUCAACCCGAACCAAGACAGGAGGUACUGCAAGAGGAGUGUAGCUUCUGCUUUCCCCAGCAGGAGCAUGGAGGUAGCAGUCUGAGUUCCAUAGCAUCUUUGGACUCUGAGGAGAAACUUCUCUCUGUGUAG